CCCCAUCCUCUCCAGCCGCCGUCGCCGCUCGCCGGCGAAUCAUUCGGCAAACCCAAUGGCUCCGCAACCGCUGUCUCAGAUCCUCCCCACUCUCAGUUACUGGCUCGUCGACCACCCCCAGAUCCACAAUUUUACUUGGUCUCCCGAUGAAACCCUCGCCUCCACUCCCCAAUUCGUCGCCACCGCCGUCCUCUCCUACCUCUUCCUCACCCUCCUCCUCCGCCGCCUCCCCCUCCCUUCCCUCCCUCCUCCGCUCCUCAAACCCCUAACCGCCGCCCACAGCCUCGUCCUCUUCCUCCUCUCCGCCGUAAUGUCCGCCGGAACCCUCCUCUCCAUCUUCUCUCCCAAUUCCCCUCCCCCGCGCCUCCGCCGCGCCGUCUGCUUCCCUCCAAACACCGCUCCGUCCGGCCCGCUCUUCUUCUGGGCCCAAAUCUUCUACCUCUCCAAAUACCUAGAAUUCGGGGACACGCUCCUCAUCAUCCUCAGCAAGUCGAACCAACGGCUCACGUUCCUCCACGUGUACCACCACGCCACCGUCGUCGUCAUGUGCUACCUGUGGCUCAGCACUUCCCAGUCGCUGUUCCCGGUGGCGCUCGUGACCAACGCGACGGUGCACGUGGUCAUGUACUGGUACUACUUCUGCACCGCCUUGGGGUCCCGGCCCCGGUGGAAGAGGCUGGUGACGGAUUUCCAGAUCGUGCAGUUCGUAUUCAGCUUCUGCAUCUCCGGGCUGAUGCUGUACUACCAUUUCGCCGGCGGCGGGUGCUCCGGGAUGUGGGGUUGGUGCUUCAAUGCCGUUUUCAAUGCUUCGCUUCUGGCGCUUUUCGUUGAUUUCCACGGGAAGAGCUACGCUGCCGCCAAGAAGAGGAAGGCCGCGGCGGAGAAGAUUGGUUCCGGAGGCGGCGGUGGCGAUAAAGUAUUGGAUAAGAGCCAAUGAUUUUUUGGAUUUUUUUUUCUUUCUUAAUUAAUUGUGUAUUAUUGUUGGGUAAGCAAUUUUCCGAUUAGGGAAAUAGCGGUUUCCAUAAUUGAAAGGUUGAUGAGCAAUACAAAAUUUGAGGGGAAUAAAUAGGAUUAUGAUAUGAUUUUGUGCUUAAGUCUUUAUUUAUCAAUAUUUUUUGAAGUUUAAUUUUAUGUUGAUAAAGAUGUGAGCAUCAAUUAAGUUGAUCAAAAUAUAAUUACUAAUUUGAA